AGCGGUGCGGUAAUCCGAAACGCACUACACAGAGUGGGACGUUUGAGUUGUUUAGCAACGGAAAACCCCUGUGGCAAAACCUGUUCGUACGCGACGAUCGCGUCGUCAUUACGGGGAGUGUGUUUGUGUGUGGUAGUUCGUAGUGCGACCGUGUACAACACCCCUCAGUAAUACCUAGGCCAAGGGUUGCAUACGGAAAGCAGCCAAGCCAAAAUCGACGUACCCAUUUCCGGUGCAAAAUUCACGAUGGAUUUACUGCCUUCAAAAUUUGCGCACCGGACAGGCAACCUGAUCUGCUGCUUUUUGUUUUUCUGUGCUUCUUUCACCCAGGCACAACAAAUACAAAGUGUAGCUCAGAAUCCAAACUACUCCUCGUAUCCACAAUAUUACCCUCAAGUUCAAAAUAUACCCCGUUCAAAUGUACCAGAGUUGCGUACCAAGGAUACACUACAACAGCAACAACUACAACAGCAACCACUGCAACGCCAACAACUACAACAAAGGCAUGAUCCGCCUAUAUCAUUCCCAACGGAAUAUAAUGUUAACAGCUAUAAGGAAUUGGUUCAACCGCUGCCAUCGCCAUCCGGAGCGAUGCAGUUCGCGUGGCGCAUGCUGCAGACCAUGAUAUUACCCCAGCAAGUGAACGCUCUCAUGUGUCCGAUCCUGCCGCAGACACUGCUAGCGAGCCUGGACGAUGCCGCGGACGAUGGUGCCAAGACUGAACUACGCUCCUCAUUGCUCGCCUCCUCAAAAGAGCUGGGAAAACUGGUACGCAACCAGAUUAGUGACACCCAACAGUCGGGAGUGAACAAACUCGAUCAAGCCAUGGCCAUCUUUCUCGGAACCGGCACAAAAAUCAGCCAAACCAUCCAAGAGAACGCGCUGAAAGAUGGGGUAGAAUUCCUGCGCGUCAACUUCCAGAACCGGAAUGAUGCUGCUGCUACAGCCAACAACUGGGUUAGCCAAAAAUCUCGUGGCAACAUACGGGAAAUAGUUGCACCCAAUGCCCUGGAUGCCUCUACCCGACUGCUGUUGGCGAGCGUUAUAUAUUUCAAGGGCAAAUGGAAGCACCAGUUCACUAAAACGGAACCGGGGUUGUUCGAGACAGCGCCCAGUUAUGACAAAUCGAGCGCCCCAACCGGUCGCCAGGUGCCGAUGAUGUACAUGUUUAACAAGCUCCGGUACGGCGAUAUUGACUUCCAGGAUGGGAAUGGUAUGCGCUGGGUGGAGUUACCGUACGAAGGGUCCGCCGGACUGUCGAUGAUUCUGAUGCUGCCAAAGGUGCGCCACCAGCUGCAGCGAUCGGCCGACCAGCUGAAGGUUACGCAUAUGGCCGACAUUAUUUCGGGCUUGAAGCAGAUGCGUAGCGCCUACAAGAUGCAUCUGCACGUGCCAAAGUUCAAUCUGUACAGCUCACUGUCACUGGUGCAGGCACUAAAGAACCUGGGCCUGAAGUCAAUCUUUGACCGUCCGUCUGCGCUCAGCGGCCUUGCCGACGAACCGCUGGUGGUUCGUGAUGUUUCCCAGCGGACGUUCAUCGCUAUCGACGAGCAGGGAACCACAGCCACUUCGGCAGCUGCACUGUCGUUCGUAGCACUCAGUGCAGCGCCGCCACCUCCGAUCAUUAACUUUACCGUAAACGAACCCUUCCUUUUGAUGAUCGUCGACAAAACGAAUGAGUAUCCCUUGUUCGUGGGAAAGAUAGUAAACCCAGAAUCGAACUAAGUUCGGGAUGUUUUAUCCCAUUCCGUACGUAACACGAACGUACUUACCUCUUGUAAUGUUAAGUUUUUGCUAUAAAGUACACUAUGAUUGAAUCAAAUAAAAUGUUAUAGCAGAAAUAUCUGUCUUCCAUCUUGAAUUCUG